AGGAGGAGAAAAGUAAACAAACCAAACUGUGCACGCUCUGUGGCUGCUAUACUCAUCUUAUAUGGUGAUUGUGGAAAACAGCAGGCCGAAUAACAUGGCAGGAAGCAGUAACAAUUUAAGCGGUGGCGGUCUGCAGUGCCCCCUCUGUUCGAUCAACAACCUGUCCCAGCAGCAGUUUGAGGAGCACAAGUCAUCACCACAGCACAGAGUGAAGUGGCUGAAGCACUGGUACCAGAACAACAAAAUCCUUUUGGCCCAAAACAAAAAUGGAGUGGAGAUCAUCACCAAAGGAAACCUGGAUGGCAUCUCCACCAACCACCAGACAGGCCAGGUGGUGGUGUACCUGCCCCCAUCUGGCCAGAAGGUUUUCCAACUGGUGGUGAAGAACACAGGCCAAGAAACCAAUAAUUCUGCGGCAGAUUGAGGCCCUUCACUCCUGCCCCUCGGUGGUGGUCAGCGACAAACCAUGGCGUGUGUCGAGGGGAGAAGUAUGUGCGGGUGCUAGGAGGAGUGGAGUACCAGGUGGACUGCAACACAGCGGCACGGGGCUUAGGAGUGGAGCAGGUACCCAUUGCAUUCCAGUUCAAGGCAGAGACUUCGGACGAACUCUUCUUCAUUGUUAGGACUGUGCAAGUGAAUGUGCAAGACCAGGUGGCAGAGGAAAGUGGGCCAACCAGUGUGUAUAAGCGCCCUACACCCGGCCAACUUCUGUUCAUCCAGCGAGGACCUCCAUCAUUCCUGGCGUGCCCUUGAAGAAAAACCAGAGGCCUGAUGGUCUGUCCAAGAAGCUGCCCCUGAACAACUACAAGUACACUAAGUCCCUUCAACUUAUUGCCCAGAAGAACUUCAAUCCCAGGAAGGUCACGGCUGAACUGAGAGAGGAGGCCAAGAAAAUCAG